AUGGCUCUAGAUAGCUACAAUAUUUCUCCUGACGCGAAUGAUUUGGAGGACCAGCAAAACGAUGAGGUAUAUCGCCGCAAAUUCAACCUUAACUAUCCGAUCGUUCAGAAUAAUGGCUGCCGCCAAUAUGGGCCUCCACGCGACUUCCGCGGACACCCUCCGGGAAAGGACUGCGAGCUCUUCAUCCACCGCAUCCCCAAGGGCCACACGGAGUUCGAUCUGCUGCCGGCACUCGAGAAAUUCGGGAAGGUGUACCAAUUCCGGCUCAUGAUGGACUACUGCAACCAGAGCCGAGGCUACGGAUACGUUGUGUACUGCAGCCUGGACGAGGCCAACAGAGCCUUCGAGCUGCUGCCGCACUUCAUCAUGAACAGUGGCGCCUGCCUGGACGUGAAGAGAUCCUACGACAAGUGCCGUCUCUUCGUGGGCAACCUGCCACAGGAAAUGGAUCCGGACGCCAUCAAGAAUACUCUGAAGAUAAUCUAUCCUGAGAUGUGCAAUUUCAUCAUCCACGGGCGCCUAAGCAACAUGCAGAAGAAUCGAGGAUUUGCAUUCAUUGACUUUCCCAACCACCAAGCCGCUCUGCGAUCGAAAAAGAAGAUCGGGCCGGGAUCACUGAAGCUCUGGGAUCGUCAGAUCCGAGUUGUCUGGGCCAAGGAAGAGAGAGGAUUGGAUCCGGACCUCAUGGCAACGGUCAAGACUCUCUUCAUCCGCAACAUCGACUUGGACGCCACUCGUGAAUUCCAGUCGUUCGUCACCAAGCACUUUCCCAUGGAGACAAUUCUGAAGAUCACUCAAGUGCGUGACUUUGCUUUCGUGGAAUUCACUACAAGGCUUGUCGCAAUGCAGGCGCUAUCCAUAUUGUCGCAAGCCGAAUUCCGAGGACACAGUCUCAGCGUUGAGUGGGCUUUGCCAUCCACUCCCGGCGUGCAGAGCCUUCAGAAGCGUUUUGACUUUGAUUCCAUCCUAAAGCUGAAGUGCGUUGCCAACGAUUGGAUCAUGCCUGUGUACAUCUUCGGCCGCAUCUUGCAGUCGGUCGACGUGCAGUACGUGGCAGUGAUUCUUCGCGGUGCACAAAUGGAAGAGCGGCCGAAGUGA